AUGGCUAAUUCUCAACCCCAAGAAGGUGUCUCCGGGAGGAAGAUUAUAUACGAUGAGGACGGCAAACCAUGUCGCUCUUGCAAUACUUUACUAGAUUUUCAAUUUGCGACUGGUAAGAUAUCUGGUAAAAGAGCUGCCUCCGCUACUGGUGCUGCCUCUUCUAACUCAGCUGGCUCCUUGGGACCCACUGCUACUGAAAAGAUACCUGGUUCCAAGACGCAUGCGAAGGGUGAUCCACCAGAUGUCGAGGUUCUAGGUAGAUCAUCAUGGAAUCUACUGCACACCAUUUCCGCAAACUAUCCGACUAAACCUUCUGACAGGCAAAAAUCUGAAAUGAAACAGUUUCUACAACUCUUUUCCCACAUAUACCCUUGUUCGUGGUGUGCAUCUGAUUUCGAGCGAUACUUAAGAGACCAUGCACCAAAAUUGGGAUCUAGAGAUGAAUUUGGUAGAUGGAUGUGUGAUGCGCAUAAUGAGGUGAAUGUUAAAUUGAACAAAGAGACUUUUGAUUGUAAUUUCUGGCAGAAAAGAUGGAAAGACGGUUGGGAUGAGUAA